GCCCUUUCGGCGCUGUGUUGUCGAAGGCUGCAGACCCGUCAUAUAUGAGACGGUUUAUUAAUACAGGAAGACUGGGACAUGGACUGACCGCUCGAAGGAGAGCACAGCUGUUGAAUCGAGAGGAAAACACGGACUGUAACAGGAGAGUCAAUAAUAAUGACCAAAGAAGAUGAAAUUCCAGACUGGGCCGGAGCACAAGACUUUUAUCAGAAAUAUGAUCCAAAAGAGAUCCUUGGAAGGGGUGUAAGCAGUGUGGUUCGACGCUGCAUCCAUAAGCGCACCACUCAGGAAUAUGCCGUAAAAGUCAUAGACAUUACGCCAUCAGAUAAAAUGAACCCUGAGGAAAUCGAGGAGAUCAGGAACGCCACAAUUAAGGAGAUCGACAUCCUGAAGAAAGUCUGUGGCCAAGAAAACAUCAUUCAGCUGAAGGAUUGCUUCGAAACUAAAGCUUUCUUCUUCUUGGUGUUUGACUUGAUGAAGAAAGGAGAGCUUUUUGAUUACCUGACUGAGAAGGUUACGCUCAGUGAAAAAGAGACAAGGAAGAUCAUGCGCUCCCUGUUGGAAGUGGUUCAGUUCCUUCACUCCCAGAAUAUUGUACACAGGGAUCUGAAGCCGGAGAACAUCCUUCUGGAUGACGAUAUGAACAUCAAACUCACCGAUUUCGGCUUUGCUGUGCAGAUUGCACCAGGACAAAAACUCAAUGAGGUGUGUGGAACGCCAGGAUAUUUGGCUCCAGAGAUUAUCGAAUGCUCAAUGGAUCCUCAUCACCAGGGCUACGGAGCUGCUGUUGACCUCUGGAGUGCAGGGGUGAUCAUGUUCACCCUUCUUGCAGGUUCUCCUCCAUUCUGGCACAGGAAGCAGAUGCUGAUGCUGCGAAUGAUCCUGGCAGGAAACUACCAGUUCACCUCUCCGGAGUGGGAUGACCGGUCAGACACCGUCAAAGACCUGAUCUCCAGGAUGUUGGUGGUAAAUCCAGAGAAACGUUUCACUGCCACGGACGCCUUAAACCACCCUUUCUUCCAGCAGUAUGUGGUCGCAGAGGUGCGACAUUUCAGCCCAUACAGGAAGUUCAAGGUCAUCUGCAUGACAGUUCUGGCAACAAUGCGCAUUUACUGCAAUUAUCGAAGAGCCAAACCAGUUACUAAAGAAGUGAUCAAGAGCGACCCCUAUGCAGUAAAGCCUAUUCGCAAACUCAUAGACGCCUGUGCAUUCAAGAUUUAUGGCCACUGGGUGAAGAAAGGCCAGACGCAGAACAGAGCAGCUCUGUUUGAGAACAGUCCGAAAGCUAUCCUGCUUUCUCUCGCUGCCGAAUCAGUGGAUUCCUCUCUCAGAAUGAUGUAAGACGUGUUGAAAAGACAGCGGUGCUUUAUACUGUAUAACAUGGUGAGAGGUUUCGAGAACUUUUACGUGAGAGAACAGUGCCCAGGCAUGAAUGAUGAAAAAUAAUGUUUUUAUCCAUUUCCCAGUGAAACUGGACACUUGCUGUUGGUGCAUUUUAACAUUUUAUAAUUUAGAGUUGUUAAAAUAAGAGUGUGGUCACCUAGCAUCUUUAAGAUGAGGAAAAACAAUGCAUUCAUUUAAAUUUUAAUGUGCUGCAGUUAAAUUAAACUUUUACAUGACCUCAAUAUUUCUAGUAAUUUAAUAUUUAUUUUAGAUUUUUCUCCAAAUAUUCAUUGCUUUGUACUAAUGUUUUGCACCAGGAUCUUAUAUUUUUUGUUGGAUUACUUCCAGUUUUGGCUUCAGUACUGACUAAAUUAUUCAAUAAACCAUAUUUUCCACAAAUGUCAAAUUGUACAUCAUGCCAUCAAUUUAAAAGCGAGGAAUGUACUCAUUUUACUCUAGGCACUUUAAAUAAUUAAUUUCAUUCAUCCAUUUUCUCACAGAGAUUUAAGCAAUUGGCUUAAAUGUUGUUAUUGAAAGCUUUUGUGAAACUGAAAGCUUUGUCUAUUAAACCUAUAUGUCUGAAGGUC